AUGGCUAUUGAAAACCUUCCCAAGAAUCUCGACGAAUUCAGAGCUUUGACUGCUUCCGAUAAAUUGGUCGUUAUUGAUUUUUAUGCUACCUGGUGUGGUCCUUGCAAAUUGAUUUCUCCCAAGUUUGAAAAGUUGGUGGAAGAAUACCCUGAUGUCAUCUUUGCCAAGGUUGAUGUCGAUGAAGUUGCUGAUGUUGCUGCUGAUGUCGGCGUCCGUGCUAUGCCUACUUUUAUGUUUUUCAAAAACGGUAAUAAGGUUGACGAAGUGGUUGGUGCCAACUUGGCCAGUAUCGUUAACAAGAUCAAGCAAAAUACUGCUUAA